CGGUCCGCAAAUAGUGCCGGCCGGGGCGAUGGGCUCGACGUAGCGGUAUGGAGGAGGACGAGAGGCGGCUGUCGUUCCCGCCGCCGGCGCCGCUGAACUCGCCCGGAGAAGAGAUAGAUGGCUCACGACUGCUUGGGGAAAUAGUGAGGACCCUCGAGGCCACGAACCCGGAGGCCGCGGCGCCGCUCGUGGCGUCGCAGUCCCGAGAUGCGCUUGACGCGCCGGAAGAGAAGCCCAAGCGGGAGGAGUUGCGGAUCGCGCUCGAUGUUACCUUCUCGGAGUCGGUGGGGCGGAGCGACGGUGAGCCGCGGGCGGUCGUCACUCCGUUCACGCGCGAGUCCGCGAAGCGAGCCGGAUCGCGCGGUGCACAGCUCGUGCGGGAGUUCGGGUUCAUGCCUCGGCGCAGGCUUAGUGUGGAAGACGGAGCUCGCCUGCCGAGAAAGUUCGAACCCUUCCCGCCCAAGCUGUACGGGCGUCCGCUCGAGGAGAUCGACAACUUCAUUUACGAUGAGACUUUCUGUGUGGUGUCAAAGCGGUUCCGCAAGAACUACAUCCACCGGUUCACGGCGACUCGAUCGCUGUUUUGGUGGUCGCCAUGGUCGCCUGUGCGGCGGGCGUGCGUCUACCUCUCCACCAAUCAGUACUUCGAUUACUUCGUCAUGGCCACCAUCCUGCUCAACUGUGUCUUCCUCGCCAUGUCGGAGACCAUCGAAGAGGCUGAAUACAUAUUUCUGGCGAUCUACACGGCGGAGAUGAUUAUCAAGUGCAUCGCGAAGGGUUUUAUAUUGAACAAGUACACGUAUCUGCGGAACCCGUGGAAUUGGUUGGACUUCGUCGUCAUCACGUCCGGGUAUGCGACCAUUGGCAUGGAGGUCGGCAACCUGGCCGGGUUGAGGACCUUCAGGGUGCUGAGAGCUUUGAAGACUGUUUCUAUUAUGCCAGGCUUGAAGACUAUCAUCAACGCAUUACUCCACUCGUUCAAGCAGCUCGCCGAGGUAAUGACCUUGACGAUCUUUUGUUUGAUGGUGUUUGCGUUGUUCGCGCUGCAAGUCUACAUGGGUGAGCUGAGAAACAAAUGCGUGCAGGAUCUGAUCGUGCCGGCUGGGGAAAACUUCACGGAAGAAAUGUGGUCGAGUUGGAUAAGCGACCCUACACAUUGGAUGGUGGAUCUUGAAGAAGUGCCUAUAAUCUGCGGGAACCUGACCGGUGCGCGGCACUGUCCCCCGCAGUUCACCUGCCUGUGCGUUGGACCCAAUCCCAACCACGGCUACACAAACUUUGACAACUUCCUCUGGUCAAUGCUAACCACGUUUCAACUGAUCACACUCGACUACUGGGAGAACGUUUACAAUAUGGUGUUAUCGUCUUGCGGACCUAUGUCGGUGUCCUUCUUCACUGUGGUGGUAUUUUUCGGCUCCUUCUACCUCAUCAACCUGAUGUUGGCCGUCGUAGCACUUAGUUAUGAAGAGGAAUCGCAAAUCACUCAAGAGGAAAGGAAGAAAGACCUCAAUGAACACAGAGACGACUCAACUUUUAGCUUCGACCCCUCAUCCUUGUCUGUUAGAACGCUAGCGAAGGACUCCAAGAAGCGUAUAGACGCCAGAAAAGGUCUGCUACUAGCCUCGUACUCAAGAAAACGGACGAGAAGACGCAAACGUGGCAAGAGUACUAUUCAUCAUGGUAAUACAGUGACCGGAGCCACAGAAAGGUCCAGGUCGAGAUCGCGGUCAGUGACCCCGAGUGGAUCACCGCCGCCGCUACCUGCGCUUGCGCCUCCACCCCCGCCCCCUCAUACGUUGCACCCAGAUAACGCCUUAGGCCGUGGUGCACUAAGCGUCGCCGGUCGACAGCUCAGUGAUCACAGCAAUAACCGGGAGUCCUCACUAGACGACUCCGGUGUCGUGGAUGACCAUGAUGAUGGCGAGCACACCUCCGACGACCAAGCGCCGCAUCCACACCGAAGGCACCUACUUCCGCAUCCACCUACUUCACUACCUAUUAAACAAGAAACUAAAAAACCAGAAACGAAGCUUAAGAAUGGUUCCAAAACAGAAAUACAAUCGGACCAAACAAAAAAAGGCGAAAAAGGCAGCAUUGAAGAAAAAUAUCCGCUUAACCCCGACUACCUUAAUCAGAUAGUGGUUCUAGAUGAACUUGUGGACAGAAACUGUGAGUGCUGCGUCACUUGUUGCAUAGACUAUGAAGGAUGGCUGCAGUUCCAAAACGGAUUGUAUGGAAUUGUAAAGGAUCCGCUAUUUGAACUGUUUAUAACUACAUGCAUAGUUCUCAAUACACUAUUCUUGGCUCUUGAGCAUCAUGGUAUGAGUGAAAAUGUUAGACAAGCUUUAGACAUAGGAAAUAAGGUUUUCACGUCAAUAUUUACGUUAGAAUGUAUUAUGAAAGUUAUGGCAAUGAGUAAAGAUUAUUUCGCUUGUGGGUGGAACAUAUUCGACUUGAUUAUCGUUUCAGCUAGUCUCCUGGAUCUUAUAUUUGAGCUUGUAGAUGGUCUGUCAGUGUUAAGAGGCCUGAGAUUGUUACGAGUAUUAAAAUUAGCCCAAUCAUGGACUACAAUGAAAGUGUUAUUAAGUAUUAUAAUAUCUACAAUAGGUGCUCUUGGUAACUUGACGUUCGUGCUAGUUAUAGUUAUAUACAUAUUUGCUGUUAUCGGUAUGCAGUUGUUUUCGAAAUCAUACACUCAUGAAAAGUUUGAUCCGGAUCCCGUGCCCAGGUGGAACUUCAACGACUUUUUCCACUCGUUCAUGAUGAUAUUUCGCAUACUUUGUGGAGAAUGGAUAGAGCCACUUUGGGAUUGCAUGCGUGCAGAGCAAGAAACUGGCGCGGAAAGUUGCUUCUUCAUUUUCCUUCCUGCGCUCGUAAUGGGAAACUUCAUGGUGCUCAACCUCUUUCUUGCCUUGUUGCUUAAUAGCUUUAACAGUGAGGAGUUAAAGAAUAAAAAAGAGGAAGUAGGUGAAGAUUCAAAAUUAGCUAAAAGUUUUGAUAGAAUACGUUCAAUAGUAAGAAAAAAAGGUUUCCUUAUAUCUAAAAGUAAAGAGACUGAAAAAAAAUCUAAAUUAGAAGAGUUAGUUAAUGAAUUCAUGAUGCAACAUCGGGCUAUGAAGGAGAACACAACGCCAAUUCCACCAGAACAGAGGUACUCUACUUCAGUUCAAGAAACGAUUUUAUUUCCUCAUGACAAUAUUUAUAGUCAUAGUUAUCAAGAAGCGUUAAACAGGCCUAUAUCUGUAGGUUCCGACUUUGGCUAUCCGCACCUCUACCAAGCAGGGAAUAACUUCAACCAUGGCAGUCAGGAAACUCUAAAAGAUGUACGAGAUUUAGCAGCAGAACAUAAGAUCACUAGCAUACGAGAAGAUUCUAAAGAAAACCUUGAUGAAUCCACUUCAACUGACCAAAUCGCAGUUCAAAAACUAUUAAACCAAAUGUCAUCUGGAUACCAUACACAACCUUCAGACUCGCGAGAUGAAUUUGAACAGUACGAGAUGGCACAAAUAUCUUGUAAAACAACACCAGAAAAAUUUAAGCGCCAAGUAUUAGGUGUAAGCAUAGGAGGGGUAGAUCUGGCUAAAAAUCUUAGUAGAGAAGCAGUAAAGCGACCUGAUGAGGAAGAUAUGAAACAUCCCUGGCAAACUUUGGUCUCAUAUGUAGAUGAAAUAACCGUAGGUGGAAGAAAGAACUCCAAAGGCCAAUACAUGGACCCGACGGGAAAAUUUCCAGGUUUUGGAAAAAGUAAGGAGCCGAAAGACCCUGAAAAUUGUUUUCCUAAACAAUGUUAUAAACAAUGUACUUGUUGGGACGCUUGCAUUCAGACAAAGUUAGGUCAAAGAUGGAUGUUAAUUCGUACAUAUAUUCUUCGUUAUGUUGAUACGCCAGCAUUUGAGUGGUUCGUGUUAGUUCUAAUCUUCGCUUCAAGCAUCACUUUAUGUUUUGAAGAUAUACAUCUAGAAAAAAAUAAACCACUCAAGAAAAUACUUUACUGGACAAAUCUAAGUUUUUGCAUGAUCUUUGUUAUAGAAAUGUUUUUCAAAUGGAUAGCGCUGGGUUUCUAUAGAUAUUUUACGAGUUUUUGGACUUUGCUAGAUUUUACUAUAGUUUUCGUGUCAGUGUUUAGUUUGUUAAUAGAAGAAAAUGAAAAUUUGAAGGUAUUAAGGUCGCUACGGACAUUGCGGGCACUAAGGCCACUAAGAGCUAUUUCCCGGUGGCAAGGAAUGCGUAUAGUUGUAAAUGCAUUGAUGUAUGCAAUACCUAGUAUAUUCAACGUACUAUUAGUAUGUUUAGUUUUUUGGUUGAUAUUUUCCAUUAUGGGAGUGCAGUUUUUUGGGGGAAAGUUUUUCAAGUGUGUGGAUGCAGAAGGUGACAUAUUACCAUUAGAGGUAGUUAAUGAUAAAUGGGAGUGCUACUACAAUAAUUUUACAUGGAUAAACUCUAAAAUAUCCUUUGACCACGUCGGCGUAGCCUAUUUAGCUUUAUUUCAAGUAGCUACAUUUGAGGGAUGGAUGGAAGUAAUGGCUGAUGCUGUGGAUGCGCGAGGAGUAGAUUUACAGCCGGCGAGAGAGGCCAAUCUUUACGCAUACAUAUAUUUCGUUAUUUUUAUAGUAUGCGGAUCGUUCUUCACAUUAAAUCUAUUUAUAGGAGUAAUUAUAGAUAAUUUUAAUAUGCUCAAGAAAAAGUAUGAAGGUGGUGUACUCGAAAUGUUUCUAACGGAAAGCCAAAAACAUUAUUACACUGCUAUGAAGAAACUAGGUAGAAAAAAGCCCCAGAAAGUAAUAAAAAGGCCAAGAAAUCAAUUUCUAGCGAUGUUCUAUGACUUAUCAAAUUCUCGAAGAUUCGAAAUAGCUAUAUUUGUUCUAAUAUUUCUAAAUAUGCUUACUAUGGGUAUAGAGCAUUACGACCAACCUCAUUCGGUUUUCUUCGUAUUAGAAGUUAGUAACGCGUUUUUUACAACAGUUUUUGGCUUAGAGGCUAUAGUUAAGAUAGUCGGUCUACGUUAUCAUUAUUUCACAGUUCCUUGGAACGUUUUUGAUUUUUUGCUAGUUUUAGCUUCGAUCUUAGGCAUCCUAAUGGAGGAUAUUAUGAUAGACUUACCAAUAUCCCCUACACUUCUAAGAGUGGUCAGAGUUUUUCGCAUAGGGAGAAUUUUAAGACUGAUUAAAGCCGCUAAAGGCAUAAGAAAACUGUUGUUUGCGUUGGUGGUGUCCCUACCAGCUCUGUUCAACAUCGGUGCCUUGCUAGCCCUGAUUACCUUUAUCUAUGCGAUCAUCGGUAUGUCCGUAUUUGGUCACGUUAAGGAGCAGGGCGCCCUAGAUGACAUUGUCAAUUUUCAAACUUUCGGUAGGAGUAUGCAACUACUUUUUCGCCUUAUGACGUCAGCGGGUUGGAACGAUGUCCUAGAGUCUUUAAUGAUUCAGCCCCCAAAAUGCGAGUUGGGCGAUCAUGGCCACUCUAAUGGAAAUUGUGGGAGUCCAUUACUAGCAAUAACAUAUUUUACUUCAUUCAUAAUAAUUAGUUAUAUGAUAGUUAUCAACAUGUACAUUGCAAUCAUUCUCGAGAAUUUCAAUCAGGCUCAUCAAGAGGAAGAAAUUGGUAUUGUGGAAGAUGAUUUGGAAAUGUUCUACAUACGUUGGUCGAAGUACGAUCCACAUGCUACUCAAUUCAUAAGUUUUGCUCAACUAUCAGAUUUUAUAGCUUCUUUAGAUCCCCCACUAGGCAUAUCGAAGCCAAAUACUGUAGCACUCGUCAGCUUUAACUUGCCUAUUGCUAGAGGCAAUAAAAUCCAUUGUUUGGACAUCUUACAUGCACUUGUUAAGCAUGUACUAGGUCACGUGGAGGAAACAGACACUUUCAGGCAACUCCAAGAACAAAUGGAUAUUAAAUUCAAGAAACAGUUUCCUACGAGAAAAGAAUUAGAGAUAGUUUCUUCAACGAGGAUAUGGAAGAGAGAAGAUAAAGCAGCGCGAACCAUACAACGGUCAUUCAGAGAAUAUAUCAAGAGAAAAAACCGUAGUCCAUCGCAAGAAGAAGAGGAAGAAAGCACUAAGUGGUCACCAGGUCACGGGUGGGGAGGUAAAUUAAGCGCGUUGCUUCAUGUGCGAAGAGGAUCACACGCGUCCAGCAGAAAGUCUUCAAGGGCGUCUGAAGGUUCCGACUUGAGUGAUAUAGGAGGAGCUUGGCUAAAUUUGCCACUCUUGUUAUUACCAGGAACUGCUCCAAAUGAUCAGCCGAGUGGAUCAGAGCCAGCUCCAGCACGGAGAAGAUCAGCGUACGGUUUGCCACUGUUCUUGAGGCAUCAAGACGCAGUAGACGAAGACGUCGGCCCGAAACGAGCAGGCUCACUUCGUCUGAGCUCCCGGAGAAGUUCGGCAAGACGCCCAACGCCCCCUGCUAGAGCCAGCACGCCUUCUCCGCACGCAAGCAGCGCCGUGAGCAUCCUCGUCACUGAAGCAUCCCCUGAUACCGCCCCCCCACCUGCAGCACCCCCAACAGUCGUUCGAGUACUCGUUCAUCGUGAAAGUGACGAGCAACCCAGCUGAUCUACGACCGAAGAGCCUCCAGAGGCUCCGACAAACCCGUAGUAUUUAGUUAACUUAAGUACCAGGCUGACAUAAAGACAAAGUGAGUGUCAAAAGUUUUAAAGAUCGAAUAUUGUG